AUGCAAGAUAUCUUCCCAUUCCAUCCCUUCAAGUAUCUCAGAAAAUUGCUUUGUGAUCACAAUGAAGUCGAAGAACGACAGCAGGCGGAUUGGGGAGCCCGCCCUGAACCGCUGCCCACGCAAACAAGACGGGUUCUGACACUGCCAUCAUCGCCAUCGGCCGCGACUCAAUCGAACACUGAAAAUCCGAUCUACCACCAAGAACAAUCUCAAUUCUUUGCUAAUAUUCCUUUGGAGAUUCGACUUUUGGUCUAUCAGGAAGUCCUCGCCCCUUCUGACUACCCCAUACUUCAUGUAGCCAGCGGCGACGGACGGCUGUUGAGUCGCCGCUGUUUUGAAAAUGACCCACGCCACCCUAGUUGGUGUCACAAGUGCUCGGGCCGACUGUUGAACCGGGAUGGAACAAUAAUUCCUAUCUAUCGAACCACGACGUACGACCCCGUCGUUUCCGCCAAUCUCGGACGAUCGUUGAUCUCCAGCGUACCAUCCUACCGCAACGCUUCGACAGCAUUCGGUCUCUACAGUUGUCGAUCCCUUUUCGGGACGGUUGAGUUCACCCGUUGGAAUGAUUGGCCGUUCGAAUUCCAGCAGGAUGAUGACUCAUAUCCAGACUGGAAUGAGGUGAUUCAGCUCUUAGAGCCUAUGAAGGCGAUUCGUGUGCCAAACUUCGUGCUUACUCUCUUUUGGUAUGUUGAUCAAGCGGAAAUAUCACGGGCAGUCGGAGACGCAGCGCCCUUUAGGGUUGAAUUCAAAGAGCACCAUGGAAGGUGUUACGACUAA